AUGCCAGAGGCAGACAUGGACAACCUGAAGAUGGUGUAUCCAACCAGCAGUAUCGGCGGCGUUUUGGUUCAGAAGAUCGACGGUUUCCAGGGCGGAGAAACGCCCUUUGUGAAGCUGUCGGAUUCCUGUCUACAUAUCGUGAUGGAGACAUUACCAGUCAACGUUCGAUCCGAACGCUGGCCUGCCGAUAUAGCCAAGCAGGGAUACAUUGGGCGGUAUGCUUACUCUUCAAAUUUCCCCCUUAAAGACCUUUUUAUUAAUACGACCAUAACCUUCCAGGUCUUCUCAGUCUCCCAGGACCAAAACGAAAUUUACUUGGCCUUCUCGACGGUUGAUCGCCACUACGGCAAAUACUUGGACAAUGGGGGCAGGACUGAACGCUUUCUCGAAGUUCACCACUCUGGUCCAUGGAAGAUAAAGAACGCGGAUCAUACUUGA